GACAUAGUAAGAGUGGGCAGAUAGGAGAGAGGAGAGGCAGUUAAACUCCUAUUUACAUUUCAGAGAGAAUAUGUCGCCUAUCCAUUCUUUUUCCAUACACUUGUGACCAUUUCCUCUCUUUUCUCUCUCUCAAAAUCCAUCAUGCUAAUCUGUGAAAUCACUGUACUUAAAAUAAAAACAAAUUAAUUUUCAUAUAGUUUUUUUAUUUACCAUUUUCUAUAUAUAAAAUAUUGGUUUUUCCUAAUUGUAGUUAUGUUACUAUCUUCAACCUCUUUUUUCCACAAUUUCCUCUCACACAAGAUAUGAAUCUCAAGUGUUUUUUUGAUGAUAGGUUGUUAGGUUCCAUUCAACAACCAGCUCAUUUUCAAUAUCCAUAUGUCAUUUCUUUCAUUAACCAAACAACCUUGUUCCUCUUUUUUCCUAUACAUAAUUUCUCUCUUUUUCUUCUUCAAAAGUAAUUUAGAUGUUAUAUUCAUUUGACCAUGCAGCUGAAACAUUAUUGUUAUUAGCUCUUACAUAACCUUAGGUGUGUUACAAGGGUUGAUGCCAUUUCUAUCUUUAAGAAAUUCUCUUAGGUGGUGUCAUUGUGUUGCACAUUCAUAGCGUCAAUGCCUAUCAAAAUGCCUGAUCAUCCAGAGAUGAAUCACAAUAGAUCGGAUGAACAUUCUGAGACAAAACACAAUGUUCAUCAUAGUUAUCAGAAGAAUCACAAUAUAUCAGAAGAAUCUCAUGAAACAAAUCAUUCUGAGGCAAAACACAGUGUUCAUAGUUAUCCAAGUUCGGGAAACAAUUCGCCAACUUAUUCCAAAAAGGCGAAUCAAGAAGGAAAAGGUGCAUUCACAAAUGAUUAUUCAUCAAGUGAAGCUACUAAAGAUAUGGAUCAAGUUUCUAAAACAGAUGAAAAAUUUACAAAUAAAACUCGACCACAGAAAAUAACUCCACCAAACAAAAACAUUUCUGAUGCUUUUACAAAACAAAGUCCAAGGACAAAGAUGCCUAUAAGUGCUGAUCCUCCAACUCCAGGAAUUUCAAAGGGUAUGCCUACUCAUACAAAGAACAACAGUCAAAGUGGACCUGGAAGUGGAACUAGCUCACGCAGCGACAGUUUAGAGAGCACAAGUUGUUCUUCAAACAUUAGGCCACAUACUGGUGGUGAUGUUAGGUGGGAUGCAAUUAACAUGGCUUUGAAAAAUGGUCCUCUUAAUCUUAGCCAUUUUCGACUUCUUAAGCGUAUCGGUUAUGGAGACAUUGGAAGUGUGUAUCUUGUCGAACUUAAAGGAACUGAUGCUCAUUUUGCUAUGAAAGUAAUGGACAAGGCUGCUCUUAUAAGUAGAAACAAACUUCUUAGAUCACAAACUGAAAGGGAGAUUCUUGGUCUUCUUGAUCAUCCCUUUUUGCCUACUUUGUAUUCUUACUUUGAAACUGAUAAGUUUUACUGUCUCGUUAUGGAGUACUGUAGUGGCGGUGAUCUUCAUUCGCUUCGACAGAAACAACCAAAUAAGUGUUUCACUGAAGAAGCUGCAAGGUUCUAUGCUUCCGAGGUUUUGUUAGCUCUCGAGUACCUACACAUGCUUGGCAUUGUAUACAGAGACUUAAAGCCAGAGAAUCUUUUAGUUAGAGAUGAAGGUCACAUCAUGCUCUCAGAUUUUGAUUUAUCGCUUCGCUGCUCUGUCUGUCCUACACUUGUCAAGUCUUCAUCUACUCACGCAGCAAGCGGCAGCGGCAGUGAUUAUGGAAGUAUAUUAAAUGAUGACCAAGCAGCUGCUCAGCCAUCAACAGGCUUCUUCCCUCGGAUUUUACCUUCAAAAAAGAAUCGGAAGGCAAAAUCAGACUUCGGUCUACUGGUUAACGGAAACCGUCUUCCCGAACUAAUGGCAGAACCAACCAAUGUGAGAUCAAUGUCUUUUGUAGGUACACAUGAAUAUCUUGCACCUGAAAUCAUCAAAGGAGAAGGACAUGGUAGUGCAGUAGAUUGGUGGACUUUCGGAAUCUUCUUGUACGAAUUGUUGCACGGUGCAACGCCUUUUAAAGGCGCAGGAUAUAAAGCAACACUAUUCAAUGUUGUUGGACAGCCAUUAAGGUUUCCAGAUAGUCCUCAAAUUAGUCCUGUGGCUAAAGAUCUUAUUAGAGGAUUGUUGGUGAAGGAACCUCAGAAGAGAAUUGCAUACAAAAGAGGAGCAACAGAAAUAAAACAGCAUCCAUUUUUUGAAGGAGUGAAUUGGGCUCUAGUUAGAAGUGCAACACCACCACAUAUACCAGAUAUGAUAGACUUUUCAAAGUAUGCUAAAAAAGAAACAGCACCACCACCAGUUGCUGAUAAGAAGAUGCCAGAAAUUGCUAGUGAUAAAAUUCCUAGUGAUAAAAAAUGCAAAAAUUCAACUGAUAAUUCUUAUGUAGAUUUUGAGUAUUUUUAGCAGAAAAAUACAUAUUUGGAUAUUUAAAUAUAUAUACUUUUUUUGACAAAAUUUGUUGUACAAAGUGUAACCUCUUCUUUCCCCAUGAGAAAAAUUUGAAGGCAUAUCAGUGAACUAAUCAUUGUAAACACAUACAUGUAAAUUCAUUAAAAAAAUUAUUUUUUCUUCUUA